CAGGCUUGAGGUUUUAGUUAUGCGCGAGUCGUCUAUUCGAAUGAGCGUGCGUUCAGUUCAGUGACAGAGAAUAUCCGUGCCGAUGUUUCAGUGAUCAAACAUUAUUGACGUGACAGAAAAAGUUCUUUCCUGUGAUUACAAUGGUCGGAUAAUCUCGUGGCGAUUCACUUUAUAUUGGCGAUAGCAUCGAUGGCUUGAGCCAUGUUCCGCACGGCGUCAGCUGAGGGCUCCGGGCCGAGGACGCCGCCCGCCUACGCCCCGCAUCCUCCCUACGUUCCACCCCGCUUCUUCCCGCCUCGAAUCCGCCCACCGCCGCCUCAGUACUGCUUCGAUGCUGCCCGCUUCGCUUGCGACGCUUCUAAACCUCGAUACCUCGACGUAGAAAGAGAAAGACUCGUCACGAGAUGGCUAGCGGAGGCCAACGAAGCGCUAGUCCGAAGAGACCGACCGCCGAGAUACAAACCGAGGAGUAGCGAACGUAGGCCGGACUUCUUGGAGCGACGGCCGAAUGCACCCGAAUGGGCGGACAAUUUUCUUCUCGGACGACGGAAUGGUUCCGCCGAGCCGGAAGACGAAACUAGUGAUGUGAUGACGCUAAAAGAGUUUGUUGAUAAGUUUUCCUUGCCUCGUGUCGUGAGGUUCGAAGGAGAAGAUAGGGCUGUGCUGUUAUAUCGUGUGUUGGAAGCUCAUAGGCGGGUCGAAGCCGUGCCGUUGUCGGGGAAGAAAGGAAAGCUGGUUGGGAAGCCGCUCUACAUCCCCGAUUCUUACGAUGGCUGGUUUUCGGCGUGUGGGUGUCGCGGCGGGGCUCUCGCGACGCCCCGGGGCUCCAUCGCGGCGCUGCUCCGGAGUAGAGCCUUCGCGCUCGUGUCGCCGCGUGCCAUCUCCGCCUAUAGAGCAAGGCCUACUUCUGAAAGUGGUAGAGUGGGUGCGCAAUACGAGAGAGCAGCAGCGCGGCCGGGGACACCGUUGAGGCUGGCGGGCGUCUUCGCGGACGGCAGCAAAGCAAAAGCACCGAAGUAUGCCCAACUCAUCGAUCCGCAAGGAAAUGAGCUCUUCGUGCCCAUCAACACCAAGGGCGAGAUGUACGAGGUGUGCCCCGAAGAGCUGUCGCCCACGGAAUAUGAGGACAACCCAUCCACCGCGCCGGUGCCAACUGACAUAGCGCAGAGAGCUCAUCGUCUACCGCAUCUGCUAAGCCUGUGGAGACUUCCAACUCGAGUCCGGCUACUGGCCGGCACUGUACCUAUUGAAAUGGCGCAUGAUGUCGGAGACGAUCUACUGCUGCGAUCGGCAAGCACUGAGCCAGUAUUGGUUAUGUGUACUCUACCAGAAUAUAAUUCCUUGCCGUCGAGUCCGAGCAAGCAGGUGGAUCCGCGCUACCAUGCGAAGGAGACGCUCCAGCUGCUUCCACUCAACAGCAACAUCAAGGUCCGUAGAACGCAGCUCGGAUUCGAAAAUGAAAAGAGAAUGUUUCUGUCCGCUCGUCUCCAGAAAGCACUAACCUUCUGUCAACUGAACGUUGACAACUGGAUCAGGCAGAUCUCGUACGCAAACUCGACUGUCGUAAGCAAAGCAAAAACAGCCGAGGAUCUUAUCAAAGAAGACCACGAACCAGUUAAGUUUGAAAAAGAAAAGAAAUUCACCCUUCAAGGCUUAAAGCUAGACCCGACGAGACUAUUUGGUAAAAGUGAUAAAGUAUUAAAAGAUAUACCUGAUGAAACAGAGGGUUCCAUAAUAUUUUUAAGUAAAAACGAACUCGAGCAUAUGAACUACGAUGUUUAUAGCGACGAUGAAGGUAAGGAUGAUAAAAACGAAGAAAAAGUAGAUUCGGAACAGUUCACUAAUGAUAAAAUGCACGUAUUUAGAGAAGACUCCGAAAAGAAGAAAGGGAAUUGGUUCAAAAAUUUAAAACUGUUAAAGAGCACAGAAAAGUUGAACGACAAAAUAACAGCUAUAGAAAACAGUGAAAAAUAUAGAGAUAUUAAAGAUCCCUUUGAUCCAUUGGGUGAAAAACAUAGUUCAAUUGAACGAUAUCAAGAUAUGGCUAAACUUAUUGAAGAUCGGUUUGGAGCGUUUCGAAAGAAUGACGGGACAGCUGAAAAGAGUCACUCCUAUAAAAGUCUUACAACGUCUUCAUCUGAAAUGGGUACUAGUCAAUGUAGUUCCAGUCACAAGAAACCAGUACUGACAAAAUCAGUGUCGGUACAGACGGGCAUGCCAGACGGCUCUUGCACGGAAGAGGAAGACAGCGGUAUCAACAUGAAGCACGGUCGCAAAAACCUUAGUGUAGAUCAAAUAAACUAUUGUGGUUCAAUGGAAAGUGAUUCGAGUUCUGGAAGAAAACUAAAAUCGUUAGAUGAAAAUAUGCUAAAAAAAUCAUCAGCAACAAAAUCCUCCACAAAUCUCGAGAGACGACAAAGGAUACAACCGGAUUUAAUACCCGAAAAGGCUAUGGUAAAAUCAGAGUCGUAUAACCAAAUACAAAGCUGCGAAGAUAUCAAUAUGUUUGGAGCUGGCUCACUUUAUAAUGAUAAUGACUUCGAAAUAAAUUAUAAGCAACACUCAUUCAUCACUGAAAAAUUAUGUUCUGAAUUUCAUGUUAAAACAAAAAGGGUAUUAAGCAAGUCCACCUCAAAUUUACUGCACCCUAAAAAGCCUAGCGACAAAAAAGAAGGUAACAACAGUAACAGUAUGCCAACCAAAACCGAGCGCUCCAGCGAAACUGAGAAGCUCGUUAAUUUUAGAAAGAAAAUUGAUAAACCCAGGGCGCCUACACCCAAAUCCGAAAUAGAAGAUUCAGUUCCCGUAGAUAUAUCGGAAGAAGAACCUCAACUACAGAAGAAGCUAAGACGAUCUAUAUCUUCUAUUCAAAAGCGAAAGUUACCUGUUAUUGAAGAUUUGCCAUAUGGUCAAGUAGCGGAUGCUGUUCAUUUAGAAGAGGAAAAAUUAGAUAUUGAUUCAAGUUCUGAUAAUAUAUAUGCCGAAAUUUGUACACCCAAUGGUAAUAAAACCAGUGAAGAAGAUAAUUACGACUACAAUGUAGACGUACUUGCAACGGACCCUGUGAUAUGCAAUGUCAAACAAGAAAUCAUUAAUCGCAACGACGAAAGAGCUAGACAGAUGAGUAUUAACCAAGAUAAUUCUUUUAGGCACAUCGAAGUUGUGGUGAUAGAGAAAACUACAGAUUUCGAGUUGGAUAAUUCGAGCGUUGCAUCCAGUGAAUUCGAUGAAACGGGAAGUAAAAAUGAUGUAUCUAUAGCAAUAGAUUCUUGGGAGCGUGAUAAGAGUGCGGAUCCAAAACACCACGCUAUUAGAUUAGAAAUAACUAGCAAUAUGGACGAUUACCCAGUUGAGAAUCAAAUCUUAGAAACCACAGAGGUUCACCUUAGUAAAGAUAAUUCUUUAAGUUUUAGCAAUAGUAUCCAUUUGAAUGGUACAUAUCCCAACGAGGCCAUCUAUGAUACUUUAAAAUAGAAUAGUUGUAUUAUAUUAUUGCAAAUUAAUUACACGUAAGAGUCACAAAAAAUAUACAAGUAGUCACAUACUUUGAAAAGUAUCAAAAUGUCGCCUCCAUAUCACUUUAUUAGAAUUUUGCUUUGUUUUAUAUAAGGUAUAUUUCAAGUAAGCCCGUGUCAUAUAGAUGGUAAUAUUAUUGCGAAAUAGAGGCUGAAACUUCGCGAACGACUUCACCUAAUUUUUAGCAAAAUCAAUAUUAAAAUAAUUUAUGAAGUGUGGAAUUGGACUAUGAGACUCCUAUAAACGACAUUCACCUUGAUACACCAUUUAUCUUAUGUUAUUUUGAUCAACCACUAAGUAUUCUGUAUUCUACAAUUAAGUAUAUACCUACAUAUUUUGAAAUUUUGAACAGAAAAUUUUGAAAGUACAAGCUUUGGGUACUUAUCUUACUUAUUAUGCGGGUCUUAUGAUAGUGAUCGUAAAACAAGCAGGUUGUCCAAUUUGAAGUUGCUAGAUGGCGGUUUGCGCAGAUCAUAGACAAACCAUUAAUUAUACACAAACCAAGUUGAGAUCUGUUUUUUUACAUUGCGCAGCCAUAGCCCAUACGCCUUGUGUUUAGACUUCAGAUUGGACUACUUAUUGCGCGCACUACCCGCACCCCGAAUUGGUUUCUAUCGGUCUAUUAAAAUAAACCAUUUAUUACUCUUUUCUGUGCAUCACACACCCUACACAACAUUAUAUUUAAAAGUGUAUGUUGAAAGAUUACCUUAUUCUUUUUACAAUAUCUAAGUUGGGCUUAUGUAAUAUUUUGGCACCUACCUACCUAUUGUGUAAUUUUAAGUAAUAAACGCAAAAUGUUUCAUUUUAAUAAUAAACAAGAUCUCCAUUCUAAAGAUGGCCAAAAUCGGUGCUACUAUAGGUGCUCAAAUUAAUUGUAAUUCUAUUUUAUUAAGGCCACACUAUGUAGAAAUAAAGCCCUUUUGAACCCAUUCAUUCUGGUAGGAGAAAUACAGUAAGUACAAUAUCGUUCUGUAAAUUAAUUGUUCUUAAUACCAACGAAAUCACAUCGCGAAACAUUUGAUAGAUUUUGAACGUCGUACACUACCUAUAACGUCAGAUGUACCUACCACAUAUAGUUCGUAUUAAAGCCAGUGCCCUAAGCAGAUUAAAAAAAAAUAUACAUAAAUAGAAUGUUUCAAUACUCGAAAUCUAUCAACGUAUAUGCAAACUCAUGCUAAGCAUAGAGAUGACAAUAGAAGUUUAGAAAAUGACUUGAAUUUAUUUUAUGAAAUACCUACAUUUACGUUACCUGUGUAACAAUCGGGCUCUAUUUCUAAGUAUCACAUAUCACAUGACAAUUAUGUUAUUUGUAAAUUUUUGUAUUAUAUAGUUUUAAAUGUUGUAUGAUAAUAAUUUUUAAAUCGAUUUAAGUCUGAUGCUCUCGAAAACGAAAUAUAAAUAUAUUGUUUCAGAGAUGCUUUCAAGAUACGAAUAAACGAAUACCUA